CAUUUUGAGAGAAAUGCGCUGUUUCCUCUAUCGGGACGAUAGAAAAAAAAACUUUGACUUCAAGAAUAAAAACGGUCCGAAUACUCAAGCAGUCGAAUAAAUGUAGCCUACUUGCUGGGAGUUUUGCGAACUAAGGUCUCAAGACUGAACCACUAGUAAUGGUAUGGAGUAAUGGAGCGAGGUUUAGACAGAAAUAUUGGAGACCAGCUCAACAAAGCCUAUGAAGCCUACCGUCAAGCAUCAAUUGAGAAAGAAAAUGCUAGGAAGGAACUCAAGCAAAAGACAGAAGCUUAUGACCGGUAUAUCUGUGAGCUCCAUCAGCAGUUAGAAAACCAAAAACAGGAAAUUGCUUCACUUAAAUCCCAACUAAACUCUGUGGGAAGCUUGUCUAAAGGAAGGGUGAAAGGCAGUGAUGCUACGCCCGAAAUCAAGGAUAGUCAUUUGCCAGCUCAAAGAACACAUGAAACAAAGCCCUUGUCACAAUGUGAUCAUCUUCACGAGACAAACAGGCAGAGACAAAAACAUGUAAUGGAAAGCAUGAAAACUCCAGAGAUGACUGUUUAUUCAUCUCCUGGAAUUUCUGAUGACAAAAGUAAAGAAAUUCUCGAGGCAUUUCAGGAGAUCCAGGGUAAAUUCCAUGUGAUACAGAAUUUAACAAGAAAACAGAAGGAUCACCUGAACAAAUUAUGCAGAGCAAAUGACACAGCACAAGAACAACAGUUUUCCAUGCCUAUUCAGUGCACUGAUGUAACAGUAGAACAAGCUGAGGGACCCUUCACAUCGGCCAAAAAGUCUGACUCCGAUAAAGAGACAACCUCUGCAUCUAUCACAUCUCGGGGAGUCUGUCCAGAAGAGGGGGAAUUCAUGGAAUCUUUGUCUAAACUGAGUAUCAAGUUUCCACCAGCAGAGAGUGAAUAUGACGUCUUCUUAAACAGUGCACCAGAAAGAAAACUAGAUCUUGCACCAGGAAGAAAUGAUCAUGCUUUGGCUACCAGCCUCCCAAGGGUGACUGAUGAACAGACUGUGGAUAUUCCCGUACAAUAUGCGUUUGCAAAUCCUACAUCUCAGACACCUUCCCCUUCAACUUCUUUUACCCAUGAGAACGUUCGAGGACCACAGCAGCCCUAUUGGAGCCCUGAGCACUGCGAGGGAGGCUAUACUGAUCCAGAGCAGAAGAGAAACCCUGAAAAUUGUGCAUUCUGUGAUGCCAUCCUCCCAGAAGACACUUUUUUUAGGCAUCUUAAUUCACACUUUGAAAAUAAAACAAGGAAUGGAUUUUAAUAGGUAGACAUUUGCACACUGGAAUACCAGAUCUUUUUAUUAUAUAGUUGUUUUUUUCCUUUCCUGGAGCUGAAGCUAUUUGCAUUUAUCUGCAAUGUAUGCCCCUUUAUUGAAAACAGCUACUUAAUUUCCUCAGUUAGCAGGGUACAUACAGUAGGUCGACCUUAGUGUCUAUAUUUAAAAUAUAGCAAUUUCAAGAACUGACCAGUAUCAUUUCCAUUAUUCUUCAGGAGGAAUGCUGUGUAAAAAAGCUAUGCUUUAGUCAUUUCAGCAUUGUACAUACUGUGUAUCUAACAUAGAAGAAAUGUGUCUGUGUAAUGGACCAAAGGUAGUUUUUGCUUUGAGCUCAUUAUAAUUGUGAUGUUUAUCUGUUAUCUGUGAAGCAUUAUACUUGUACAUUUCAAGAAAGGAGACCUCCAGUUAAUAUAAAAAAAGGGUAUACUUUAAAACCUAUGUUUAAGAUAUGUUCGGGCUGUGAAAUAAAUAGAAUGGUUACCUGCUCUAGACGCUCUAUUCACUCUUAAUGUCUUGACCAUAAAAUAGGGGUUUCAUUGUGCUGUAAAUUCAAGGAAUUCAUAAAAUAGGAAGGAGAAUUAUAUGAUUGGCUUCAGAAGUAGAAUAUUAUGCAUUAAAAAUGUGUAUCUCAAUGCCUGCCUUUUAACUGGUAUGUGUGUCCCUCUUCUUUAUGCAUCAUAGGCUUUUUAAUGUGGCAAAGAAAUAUCUUCUAGAAUUUACACAGGUUAGUAAGCACAUACUGUAAAUUAUAGGCAUGUAAUAGGCAGUCAGCAGUAAGUCAGGCGUAUAUGUCAGUUGAGUAAAACUGCCUUUGUGUUAUAAUAAAAUCAGUGCCUAUUAAAAAUAUUGCAAGUGAUUUAUGACUCCAUUACUGAUUUCUAUAUACAUUGCCUAUGUUUGCAGUGUUAAAAUGUUUGGAUUGUUUCUCACAACACACAGGGAGGCCAGCUUUAGGUUUUUAUUAAGUAUAAGUUUCAUAAUGUACUUUAAACUAGCAUUUUUUAAACACCAUUAAAUAUUUUUAACAUGACCCUAACGAAAAAUGUAAAUGAUUUUUAGUAGAAAAACCUUGUCUCCACUAUUGUAGACAUUAGCUUCAUAUAAAAAAAAACUAUUUGACUAUAUUUGUUUUUGUAUUCAUUUAAGAAAUAAGGAUCACGUGUGUCAGACUUGCAGAUAAAACAAGGAUAGUUAAUGAAAGUAUCCAACUAUGACUCCAAAACUAUUUGUGUGUUUUGGUAGCAAAGAGGAUUUAUUUGCAUUAUGGCUUGUUUGUCUCUUGACAAUUGAGUCACCAUUUGACUUCAAAUGUGUCAUUGUUAAAAAUAUUUUAUUAAUAAUUAGCCAUUGAGAUUUAUUUUACCCUGAUCUGUACUCUGCUCUUGAUGAGUAUAGACUGUGUUAGGAGCAGAAACGGAAUAAAAAGGUUCAAAUGAAAAUGAAAUGUGAAAAACAUAUAUAUACACACACAGUAGGUAUAGCAUAUAGAUGAAAUAUCAUCACAUUUAAUAAUCACAAAGAAACUGUACAGUAGUUUUGCUAAAAUAUAUAUUAUGCAGUUCACCGAUAUCUCCAACUACAUGGAAAGGCGUAUCGUUUUAAUUUUAAGAUUUUGUCAGUUUACUGCAAAAUCUGUUAUGGCUUUAUAAAUUUGGAAAUAAAGCUACACACCUCUCUCAUUUAAUGGCUGUGAGAGUUCACAUUUUAAGCAUUUGGAUAUCUGAGUGGAUUACUGCAUUUUAUUUUUUUAUUGAUUUUAGACCAAUCUUAAUGAGUGAAAGCUGAACUCAAAGACUAUGUUGAAUACACAAUGUGUCCCCUCAAAUAUAUUUUAUAAAUCACGAUAGGUAACCAGAUUAACUGUGAUACUGUUGAUGUGAAUUCAUUUUCAAGAAGCACUGAAGCAUUACGCAGCUCUUAAUUGUUCCAUUUUAGAUAACUUUUUAUAUUAAAUCGGCUGUAUUGUAUAUUUCUAGUGCACAAUGUGAAAUACUACUCAAUUAAUUAAAACAUCUUUCAUAUAAAACUUUAAAGAACCAUAUGAUUAUUUAUGAAAGGCAUUGAUUUUUGUAUCAUGUAUCACAGUUUGGAUAAAAAAUAGACGUGUCUGUACAUGUGAUGGGGAAGAUUUUCUUUUCCGGUUGAAUGGAUAUUGAAUUAUCUGAAAUAUCUGCAACACAAAAUGAACCUGCCUUUAUCCUAUCAUUUUUUUUCUUUUUUCAAGCAAGUGAAUCGAAAUAGACACUUGGUCUGAGUGGGUUGAAUUAAAGAAUAAACAACUUUACUAAUCA